UUCAAUUUCAGAAAGAAAAAAACUGGGCAUGCUUCUUUCUUCUUCUUCUCCUAGAGAGUUUUCAGGCGGAGAAGCUCAGAGUCAGAGUCAGAGCCUUCCUUCCAGAGCUCAAAGGGGAGGAGCUUGAUUUUUUCUACUCAAAAUUGUUUCCAUAUUACUAAGUAUUACAUAGUACUUCUUCUAUCAUAGACUUGAAAAAGGGUGGAUCUAGCUUCAUUUUCUGGCUAUUAGAGGCUUUCGACCUUUACUUGAGAUUUAACUGGCAACCAUUUUGCUCCACUCUUCCUUCUUCUUAAGUUUCCCAAAUCUUUUCCAUAAUAUAUAGAGAAGAGUUUGGAAUGUCAAUAGAUAAAUCCUUCAAAUCUCACCCAAGCCAUGCAGGGAAGAAGAUGACCUCCAUCAUCAAUUCAUGGCUCCUUAUUACAUCUUUCGUCCUCUUCUUAUUGGCUAUUAACUGUCGAGGGGAAUCUUCGACGUGUUUGGCCGUUUACAAACAAGGCGGAGCUCCAGCCGUGUUUCAAUCACCCAAAUGCCCUCGUUGGAAUCUCCACAAUUGGGGUCAAAGUGGAGCUGGUCGUUGCCAUACUGCAGCUAUUAGAGGUCGGAGGAACUACCAAGAGGAUCGUCUCCUCUGUGCUCUUGAUCUUCGCAUUCCAUUUCCCGGCAAGACUGGAACAAAGGAUGUUUUGGUUGGAAUUGCAGCAGUCUUUGAUGGACAUAAUGGUGCAGAAGCCAGUGAAAUGGCUUCAAAACUUUUAUUGGAUUACUUUGCUUUGCAUAUCAACUUUCUCUUGGACGCAACUUUUUCUGCUAUGACGAGGAAGAUGAUUGGACGACUACCAACUAAAGGGGAGCACGGUGUUAUUUUGCAUGGCGUAAGUCGGGAUGAUAUCAUGCAUCUAUACAACCUGGAUUUUCAAAUGCAGUUUCGAGACUCGUUGCCACUUAAUUUUGAUGAUUCUCUUCACUUGGAUAUUAUGAAGGAAGCAUUGCUGAGAGCGAUCCAUGACAUUGAUGCCACAUUUACUAAGGAAGCAUCAGCCCGAAAGCUUAAUUCAGGUUCAACUGCUACAAUUGCACUUAUAGCUGAUGGUCAACUAAUGGUUGCUAGUAUCGGUGACUCAAAGGCACUUCUGUGUUCUGAAAAAUUUGAGACUCUCGAAGAAGCUAGAGGUACUUUGGUGAAGUUGUACAGAGAGCGAAGGCGCAAUCGAGGCUCUUCACCAUCAAGGUUCUCUGACUUUAAACUGGAACAUGGCAAUGGACUACUGCAUUUCAUUGCCAAAGAAUUGACAAAGGACCAUCACCCAAAUAGGGAGGAUGAAAAGAUUCGUGUUGAAGCUGCAGGAGGUUAUGUCACAGAGUGGGCCGGUGUGCCACGAGUGAAUGGCCAGCUGACUGUCUCCCGUUCAAUUGGUGACCUUACUUAUAAAAGUUACGGUGUCAUCUCUGCACCUGAGGUGAUGGACUGGCAGCCUCUACUGGCUAAUGACAGCUACUUGGUAGUAUCAUCGGAUGGCAUCUUUGAGAAGUUGGAGGUGCAAGAAGUAUGUGAUCGUCUGUGGGAAGUAAACAAUCAAACUAGCUCUGGAGCAGGAGUGCCUUCAUACUGCUCAAUUUCUUUGGCAGACUGCUUGGUUAAUACUGCCUUUGAGAAGGGAAGUAUGGAUAAUAUGGCUGCUGUUGUUGUUCCUCUAAAAUCGAAUCUAGUUACGCAGCUCCACUGGAAAGAGCAGAGCAUGAAUGACAACAAAGAUAAGAUUGCUUCAGCACUACCCACUAACAACUGUGCGCUUCCAUUGCCUAAUGAUAUAAAUUUGGGUCCAUUGCAAUUGAAACAGGCUCAACCACUUGCAACCAUGUUUAACAGGUUAUUGGUUGAAGUUAAAAACGGAAGUUUUUGCCGCUUUUAUAUGUCAGAGAACCUUAUUGGGGCGUCUCAAGGGCAAAUGGACAAUUUGAACGGUUACAUGGGUGACUUACCUCAGGUUCUACCUGCAUCUGCCGAGCCAUUCCCUGGCUGGUGUUUAUCUUCUGGAACGGCUACCAACGAGAAUCAAGAUCAGUGCAUCAAUCCUGAUAGUUUUGCUACUUUCCUUGGGUUACUUGAAUCUGUACCCUUACAUGGUUUUGGUGCUAAUAACGGGACGGAUGAGAUUCCAUUUCCUGACUCAAGCUAUGUGCUGAAGAAAAAAUUUGGGCGUGGUGCAUUUGGUGAGGUAUGGUUGGCAUUUCACUGGAAUUGCUAUGAAGGAAAUAACGCUACUAGUUCGAUCGAUGAAGAUAAAAAUACAUCGAAAAAUGGUGUUCAUUAUGAUGCUGAUGGUCCUAAUAACUCCUUCAUUUUGAAGCGGAUAAUGGUAGAGAGAGGACCAACUGUUUAUUUAAGUGGUCUAAGGGAGAAGCAUUUUGGUGAACUGUUUCUAAAUGCAUAUAAUAUAAGUGAGAGUUCUUCUGCAACGCAAACGUCAAGUUCUCAACCAGCGUCAUCAGGAUUGGGUCUCUCUGAAGAGGGUUUGAAACAUAUUGCUAGAUACAUAGAGUAUUUUGAAUCUCGAUAUAAUGACAUAUGGCUUGUGUUUCACCACGAGGGUGUAUCUUUAUCAAAGCUGAUGUACACUGCCGAAGAAGCAGAGAAUAGCUCUGCUGGUGAAAAGGCUGAAGAAGCAAGUCACGGGCAGAUACUUCGUCCGUCGAAGUGGUGGACCUGGUUGAAGACGACAGAAUCAGGAAAAGAAGAAAUGCGGAGAAUAAUAUGGCAAUUGUUGCUAGGUCUAAAGGCAUGCCAUGAUCGCAACAUUACUCACAGAGAUAUAAAACCCGAGAAUAUGGUGAUAUGCAUUGAAGACAUCAAGUCCGGAAGAUGCUUAAAGGGUGUACCAAAUGGAGAUCAUAACUUCAAAACUAAAAUGCGCAUCAUCGACUUUGGCAGUGCACUUGAUGAGUAUACAAUGAAACAUUUAUAUGGGUCAACAGGUCCAUCAAGAGCAGAACAAACUCAUGAUUAUGCACCACCCGAAGCCAUUAUGAACAGUAGCUGGCACCAUGGACCGACCAGUUUGACACUGAAAUACGACAUGUGGAGUGUUGGGGUUGUGAUGUUAGAGAUGAUUUUAGGAUCACCCAAUGUUUUUGAGAUUAGUUCUGUUACACGUGCCCUUUUGGAUCAACAUAUCAGAGGUUGGAGUGAAAACUUUAAAGAGCUUGCAUACAAGCUUCGAUCCCUUAUGGAGAUGUGCAUCUUAAUCCCAGGUAGUUCUUUAAAACAUGGUGGCGCCAGCGCAAAGCAGGGUGGGAUUUCACUUGCGUCAUGGAAAUGCUCUGAAGAGUUUUUUGCAGAACAGAUAAAGAGUAGAGACCCUCUGAAGAUUGGGUUUCCAAAUGUUUGGGCGUUAAGGAGGACAGAGUAACCGUAGAUGAGGCUCUGCAGCACCCUUAUUUCCAGCCCCCUCCCAGCUCCUAAGUGUAGAGAAGAGUAAGACAUUUAUAUCUUCUUGCUACAUUUUACCAAACGAUGAGUCUGCUUAGAAGAUCGAGAAUGAUAAAAUAUUGACAAACAAGUGGUGGCUGAAUAUAAUGGGAACAAUAGGCUGUAAUGCUGAAAUAUUAGAGUUCCCAGUCCCAGUAACUGAAAUUAUAAGAAGCAAAACUCUAGUGUGUGAAGUUAAAUAACGAUGAAUGUAAAAAAGGAAUAUGAGCUACUGUGGAUUAUGUAGGAACAAGGUUGGAACGAGCAA